AUGUUCCGUGAAUUACCUAAACGCAGCUCAACAACUCUUCAGCUUACGACCUAUCUUCGACUUAAGGGCAGCACAUUGAGUGUCACUGUCCGCUUCGAUAACUGUAUAGAAAGGCAAGCAGCUGGCUAUGCUUUUGAGCUGAUUCGUGACUUCAAAGCAGACAUAAUCGUUGGUCCAACUUGUAAUAUUCCCUCGAUUUCUGUUGGAGCCAUUACAGCAUAUUACAAUCUACCGCUCUAUACAUGGGGAUUUACAACCGCUAACGAACUUGCGGAUACUAUCAGAUUUCCUACAUGUGUCGUACUUACUCCGAAUUAUCUGACGUUGAGCUUAGCAUUGCUAGCCGUCAUGGAUCACUUCAGUUGGGACGCUUUUGCUUUCAUCUACUCAGCUAGCGAAGAUGCACAAAAGUGCCCAAUUUUUUUGGCAGAUGUCCAGAAAGCGGUCUUCCAAAAUGUCAACUUCAGUAUUUCUAAUGUGAUAGAGAUGCGGAACAAUUCCGUAUCCGAAAUGACCGAUGCUCUACAACAAAUAAGCACUCAGGCAAGAAUAGUCGUAGUGUGCCUAAACAGUCCAGACAACAAAAGAAUGUUUAUGCUAACAGCAAAGGAUCAAAAUAUGCUUAAUGACGAAUAUAUCUACAUUUUUGCGGAUCUGUUGGAUUCCGGAUACAAAAAUGCAAAUACUGGAAACCGUACCAUUUACGUUUGGCAAGAUAUGGCACUUCCACCUGAUGGCCGCGACCAAGAAGCACUCGAAGCAUUCACAAGGACGUUUAUGCUUAGUGAUGUGGACAAUGACGGAGAUUCGAAAUCCGGACUGGCCAAUUUUACGCAACAAGUGGCGAAAAAAACAGCCGAACUAGGUAUUCCUUGCGCAAGAUGCGUGAACGGCCAGGAAUGGGAGAUGGCCCAAUAUGCUACGCAACUUUAUGAUGCCAUGAUGGUUUAUGCAGGAGUUUUGAACAGAACCAUUCCUUUGAAUCAGAAUAUUAGAGAUGGAGCAUAUUUAUUCAAUAGAACAAAGGGUAUUUAUCCAGGAGCUCUCGGUGAUGUGAUUGAAGCUUGGGAUGGGUCUAGAAUACCAUACUUCAUUGUGACCGGGGUAGGAAGAUCAGCUGAACCAAAAAGAUUGAUAUCAGUUCAACUGGACGCUGAUGUCAAUGUGACCCUGAUACCGCUUUAUGAUCCACAAAAUGAGAUCCAAUUUGUCUUCAAUGGGCGUCCCAUACCGAUGACUGUCCCAGCUUGUGGAUUCACAGGAUCAGACUGUCCGGUGUCGUUCUUCAACGCUUAUCGAGGAUAUGUAAUAGCCGCCAUAUGCAUAGCGGCACUUCUCAUACUUUCUGUUGCUGUCGUGAUUAUUUUCGCAUUGAAGUGA